AUGACCACGAGACUAAUAGCUUUUCCGGAAGUCUCAACCCUAGAUAGUCUACAAUCCACUAGACACAAUGUCCAGGGGAUUCGUAUCACUAUCUACCGCAACGUUCGUCGGAAUCGGAUCCAGGCCGGUAAAACUAUUGAAUUAGGUGCCAUAGUUGCGGGGAAUGGUGCCAAGAUUAAGAUUGCCUAUCACUCGAGGGAGAUGUCAGUCGGUAUUCACGGCAUUGGUGACUCGGUGCAGCCACUAGUGAGCCCGCAGCGAACCCCCAAAGCUCGAAAGGUUCAUCACUUGGAAAACAGCGACAUGUAUUCCAACAACACUAAGGAUGACCAUAGUGAAGAAGCUAUGGACAAGGAUGAGGUCGAGGUCGUCACCACUGAUCAUGCGGUGGAACUUGCAACCGCAUUGGCUGAGAACAGACAGGGUGGAUGGAGGCCAAUUACGCUUGAGGAGCAGCAACUGAAUCGCCGGCUUAACUUGAAAUUGGACCUCAUGAUACUCCCGCUUGUCGCCUUGGCUUAUAUGUUCAACCAACUCGACCGUACCAAUCUGGGGAAUGCGGAGACGGUUGGUUUUAGUUCUGACAUCGGCAUCAAGUCGUCGGCCGUCAACGAUGCCAGCAGUCUUUUUUUUGCUACUUACAUACCUUUUCAGCCUUUAGCCUCAGCGUUCGGACGUCGCAUCGGGGCUCCGUUAUUUAUGGGCGUCACCUUGUUUAUAUGGGGAAUUCUCACAAUUUGCCAUGCAUUCAUCAAAUCUGAUACCCAGCUCAUUGCUGUCAGACUGUUGAUGGGACUAGCAGAAUGUGGAUUCUACCCAUCGGUCCUAGCAUAUUUAUCCGACUUUUAUCCUAGAUACGAAUGUGCCUUCCGUUUCGCGCUAUUCUAUGGCUUCUUCUCAGUGGCUGGCGCAUUUGGAGGAAUCAUUGCUUAUGGCAUACUGCAAACGAACGGCGCUCUCCAUGGGUGGCAGUAUCUUUUUAUCCUCGAGGGUUGUAUUCCAAUUCUACUUGGUGUCAUAUUUCCAUUCUGGUUGGCCAAAAACGUUGGUUCGGCGUGGUAUCUUAACCCAUAUGAACGUCUGUUUGCAGAUCGGAGAAUGGCUAUUGACGCCUCUGAAAACUCCGGACAUUCGAACAAGGUAACUCGGCAAGAUUUCAAAAAGGCGUUUACAGACUGGAGGAUCUGGGCACUGAUGCUCUCGAAUACGUUGGCGAGCCUCUCCUCACAGGGGUUCACGAUAUUUUUCCCCGCGGUGGUCAAGGGACUGGGCUACACCUCUGGUACUACUGCAAACCUUAUGACAGUUCCACCCUACGUUGCUGGUGCUAUAGGUGCUUGGCUUUUUGCAUGGUCAUCGGACAGGUUCCACGAACGAACAUUUCAUCUUUUGGGUGGCUUGAGCAUUGUCAUUAUUGGUCUCAUAUUGACGAUUGUGAUUCCACUAGAUAACAUUGGUGGUCGUUAUGCCGGCCUCACGGUGCUUAUGUUCGGCGGAUUUGUCCAUUCUCCAAUCGCAGUAGCUUGGCUUGCAGGCAACAUCCCAGAACCCGGAAAACGAACGGUGGCCAUUGGUAUAGCAGGAUGGGCUAAUAUCGCUGGAAUAAUUGGGUCACAACUUUUUCAAUCAAAAUACGCCCCGGGUUACAUCUACCCACUUCAGGUCACUGUUGGCCUUAUCGCAGUAGCCUGGGUCGGGUUCGCACUGACAUCAAUCGCCCUGAGAUUGGUGAAUGGUCAGAGGGCGAAAAAACUGGAGAGAAUGACAGUCGCUGAAAUGGAGGAGGAACAAGUUUCAAAUGUGAGGAUGGGUGAUAAAAAAUGGACUUUUGUGUUUGGGUUGUAA